AUGGGUGGCCAUCGUCCAGCAGCCUUAACACCAUCUGCUAUUAGAACGGCAGAGCUUAUGGAAGCUCGUUCUAAUUUCCGUACCACAUUUGAAGAAAGUCUUGGUUGGUUUAAUUCCGUAAAAUUAGAAGAAGGAGUCUAUUUCCAGGCUCCUGAUAAUAUUGCUCAAACAGAUUCAUUAUAUCAAAAAUUUAAAAGUGUUUUAAAAGAAAUUGUUGAUAGCGAACCCGAAUUAGCUACACAAGUUAAAUCAGGAGAAAAAGAAUUAGAAGUUCUAGAGGAUCAUCAGAAGGUUAAAGAUCUUCUCGGUCCACCGCCACAGAUACUAAAUGUUGAUGAGAUUGCAGAAUCAACGUCUUGA